UCCUAAGCAGACAACCUAGCCUUGGUUCCCCGGCCCCGAAAGCUGAAUCUCUGAAACCCCGUGCCCUGUGUCACCUCUGCACCGCGGGGCGGGUGGAGGAGAAGAGAGGACUUGUGUGAGAUGGGACCAAACCCCUAAGGGGCCGCCCGCAGAUGGCCUGCCCCCACCCUCUGAGUGAACAGUUUGUGCUCCCCCCCCCCCCAUCAGGUGGCGGGACGGGAUUCAUUGGGACAGCCCUAAGCCAGCUGCUGAAAGCCAGGGGUCACGAAGUUACGUUGGUCUCCAGACAGCCUGGGCCAGGUCGAGUCACGUGGAGUGAGCUCAGUAGGGCGGGGCUGCCCCUCUGCGAUGUUGUCAUCAACCUGGCUGGCGAGAACAUCCUCAACCCUCUCCGAAGAUGGAAUGCAGCCUUCCAAAAAGAAGUUCUCACCAGCCGCCUGGAUACCACCCACUUGCUAGCUAACGCCAUCACCAAAGCUGCACACCCACCCCAGGCUUGGAUACUAGUCACAGGUGUAGCUUACUACCAGCCAAGCCUAACGGAGGAGUACGAUGAGGACAGCCCAGGCGGGGACUUUGACUUUUUCUCCAACCUGGUAACCAAAUGGGAGGCGGCGGCCAGGCUUCCUGGGGAGUCUACGCGCCAGGUUGUAGUCCGUUCAGGGGUUGUGCUGGGCCGUGGGGGCGGUGCCAUUGGACACAUGCUCCUGCCCUUCCGCCUGGGCCUAGGAGGCCCCAUUGGUUCAGGUCACCAGUUCUUCCCGUGGAUACACAUCGGUGACCUGGCAGGAAUUCUGAAUCACGCCCUAGAAGCAAACCACGUCCAAGGAGUCCUGAACGGAGUGGCUCCAGCAUCUACCACUACCAAUGCCGAGUUCGCCCAAGCCUUGGGGGCCGCCCUGGGCCGCCCAGCGGUCAUACCCGUCCCCAGCACCGUGGUGCAAGCAGUCUUUGGACGAGAACGUGCUACCAUGCUGUUGGAAGGCCAGAAAGUGGUCCCACGGCGGACACUGGCCACCGGCUACCAGUAUGCCUUCCCAGAGUUGGGGGCUGCCUUGAAGGACGUGGUGGCGUAAGCAGAGCGGGAGCCCCAAGGC